UCCCUUAUAAUGAAUGACCAUCUUGAAUUGACAAGGGGAGUGACACGAGGCCACCGGGCGAGACAAAACCGAGAUGGAUGCUGUGGGUAAAUCGUGCUCGUGGUUCCCUGCCGGAAGGCGGCCGCGAUCCUAGCAGCAAAAUAAUGAGACUAUUUGACCUAGUCGGCGAUAAUACCGGCGCAGCAUCGCAGGCACGGACGCACGGCAAGUCGCGAAAUGGAGAUGUCGGGUUCUCGACCUAUCCGGAAGUCGUUCCGUGGGGCUGCUAUGCGGGGUCGGCGCGCAAGAAUGGGCUAGACCCGAUUCCGGCUGCGUAAAAGAGUCCUUCGUCCAGGAUGCUCUGUUUCAAUGUCCAUUAUUAGGGAACCGGGGAUCGGGGCCCGGAGACCUGGGAGGGAGCCAUGGCUGUUAUGUACGGAGUAUCGUCGAUCACAGAUCUGAUACCGAUGAUUGAGGGGGGACGAGCUCAGCUGUCCGGGUGCCAGGAGCGUCAAUCCAUCGAGGAGUGAAGAACGGUGUCAGACAUAAAAGCUGAUGAGAAACACCUCUUGGCUC